AUCACCACGUGGUUUGUUUCCAAAUUUCAGGAAAGAAAGGGGAGACCUCUCACGCAUCGCCAACUAUUGGUUUUUGUUUUGUCUUUUUCAAAUUGUUUCUUGGUUGUACAAUUAAUAGAGGUGCGUGGAGGGGCACAUAAAAAAGACGGUUUAGAUUGAAUAGCAUCAUCACCUAUCUCUUAUUCUCAAAAACAAAAAGACUCCCUCUGCUAUCUUCCUCUCUCGCCCAACUUUGUCACCUUAACCUCCCCACAUAUUCUCAACAUAAACUAAUAUAUCCUUUCUUCUCCCUCCGUCGUGCCUUUACCAGUUACGACACCACCAACCGAACCUCACAUCUUCCACGUAUCAUCUCAGCAACACCUCACCGCCUCAAUUUUUUUUCUGUUAAUCAUCACUAUUUCAUCACCAAAGUUUUAUUCCACCUUAAACUCUUCAAGACUCACCUUGAAACCCUUUCCAAAUAAAUCUCUAGCAAUCCCUCACAGUCGUACCACCUUACUUCGACAAACAACCAAGCCUCCAAAAAACUAUCCGUUCAGCCACCCUAAACCCACCAUAAUCUCAACCCACCACCGGGAAAAAAAAUACCUUUAAAACCACCAUAACAAGCUGCUACAAACUAACUUCAAAACCACCCACAAACUAAACCUCUUAGUUAGCUCCAUUUCCGAACACCACCCCGAAACCUCCGUCUUCCAACGCUGGCAGAACUAUUGCGAUCAACACCUCCACCAUAACUCAGCCUUGCUCAACUCAACUCUAUACCACAACCGAGCAACAACCGCCACAAAACUGCUCUUUUUUCGCUAUGUUUUGUGAAGAAAAGCUUCCAACAUGUUUUGAUGAAUACAAGUUCAACAAUGACAUUAUCAAAGAACGAGAAAGAAAAGAUGUUGACGACUUGAUCUCAUGUGCAAGAUUUGCUUAAUCAAAUUUAAAGGUUAUAGGUAACAUGUCCCUAGAGAUCUAGAAUGGCUUCCACAAGUGCAAAUCCUGUUUUCAAAGAUGGUGGUAGUAUCAAUAAACCUCCACUAUUUUAUGGUGAAUAUUUUUACUUUUGGAAAAUUCGCAUGAAUGCUCAUUUGGAAGCACAAGGAAUAGAAAUAUUGGAUGAUGUGGAGAAUGAUCCGUUUUUUCCUACAAGUGUUGUCAACGGGGUUAGGACACCAAAGAUUAAGAGUUCAUGGAUGAAGAUGAUAAGAAAAAAGUCAUUUACAAUAAGAAAGCAAUCAACAUAUUUCAAAAUGAACUUAGCAUUGAUGGAUUCUUUCGUAUCUCUCAAUGUACAACGACAAAGCAAAUAUGGGAUACAUUGGUAGAAACCCAUGAAGGAACUGCUGAAGUGAAGAGAUCUAGAUUGAAUACUGUAAGUCAAGAGUACGAGAUAUUCAGCAUGCUGCCCGAAUAAUCUAUCGCCGCGUUGCAAAAGAGGUUUGUACACUUGACAAAUCACUAGAUUACUCUCGGUAUGGUUUUUACGGACAAUGAUUUUAAUCUUAAAGUGCUUAGGUCUUUAACCAGGGAAUGGAAACCAAAGGUGACGAGAAUACCAGAAAACAAAAUUCUUUUUACCAUGACGUUAAUAUCCUUGUUUGGGAAACUUCAAGAGCAUGAACUUGAACUUGGAAGACUUGAAAAGCAUGAGAAUCAAGAGAAGAAAUCCAAAGGCAUUACUUUGAAAGAUGACACAAAAGAAGAGCAAGAAAAUGAUGCUUCGGAAGAAGAUGAAAAUUUCAUGCUCCUUGUAAAAAGACUUGAUAAGUUAUUUGUUUGUAAUGAAAAAUCCUUGAAUUAUGCAAAAAGAACAAAAUUUUUCAGAAAAAAUGAUUCUUCCACUUCAACACCAAAUAUCACUUGCUAUGAAUAUGGAAAGCAAAGACACAUAAAGAUGAAUUAUCCAAAACUCACUAAGAAAAACGACUUCAAAAGUAGAAAAGAGUCAAAACUAAAAAGAGCAUACAUUGCAUGGGAAGAUAAUGAAAUAAGUUCAUCAUCUGACUCAAAAACUGAAGAAUAUGAAAAUCUUGCUUUGAUGGAAUCACACUAUUCCGAUGAUGAAGAUGAAGAGGUUAGUAAUGAUUAUUCCAUUUAUGAUAAUGAUGCACAAGGUUCUAUAGAUGAAUUUCUCAAUGAAUGCAAAAUUUUGUAUAACACGGUGUCAAAACAGAAGAAACAAAUUUUAUCUCUUGAAGAAAAGAUUGACACCAUCGAAAGUUAUUUUGAAGUUGAAAAAUAAAACUUUGUUAAAGAACAAAACAUAAUUUUGUAUGCAAAUAGUGUGAGUCACUUUAUUUCCAAAUUAUCCAAUUGAAAAAAG